CUUCUUUAGUAUGAUUGUUUAAAAAAUUGAUGGUCUACUGUUUGUGUACACAGUGUUUCGUUAAGAUAGGAGUUUUUUAAUUUCUUCGCCAACCAUUUGACCACUCAAUUGUAUGUCGUUAUAUUGGACGUGGCACGUCCUCUAAUGACCUUGUCUGCAUAUGCAUACAUUACGAACUAAGUGGGAAGUUGUUGCUGUUCAGUGAUCGUUUAUGUCAUGAAGUCUCUUCAGAAUUUCGAUGCUUUUGCAAAACCACUCAAAGACUUUCGUAUCAAAACGCUGUCUGGAGCUUUGGUUUCAAUAAUAAGUAGUCUAAUCAUCGGAAUUUUGUUCACAUCAGAACUUCUCUCGUUUAUGCGCACACGGAGUAAGCAGGAGAUUAUUGUAGAUGUCAACCGGGGAGAAAAGAUGUCUAUCUACUUGGAUAUAACGCUAAACUUUAUCCCGUGCAGAUGUAAGUCAAGUUUGUGCGCCUUGGAUGCAAACUUUAGUUUUAAGCCUAGAUACAAUGGACACGACGGGCGCGCAGCAGCUAAAUGUUAUGCACGAAGUUUACAAAACUAGUGUUUCAGUUGAUGGCACUCCUUUAUCGGAUAGUGUUCGCCAUGCUGUAAAUGAUGCUUCGGCUAUCACAACGACGAGAGAUCCCAAUUAUUGUGGCUCAUGUUAUGGGGCAGAGUCUCCUUCAAGGAAGUAGGUCAUAGAACUACUGAGUUUUUUUAUCAGUGUAUAUAUUAUUUGUAAGUUAAACUUGCGUUUUGUCUUCACUAUGCCUACCUCAGUUAUUUGCGUCAGAUUAAGUAACGUCUAUUUGACUGCAUUCAGUAUCAACUGUAAUGAUAAUUAAACUGUCGCUUUGAAAUCUAUUUCUCUGCGGACUCUUGGUACGCUCGUGAAUCGUCAUAGAAAUGUCUUUUCGAUGAGACUAUACCUUAUAGAUGCCCUUUGAUUCAGUGUAGUGUAACUUUGAGAAGACAGAUAAAUUCUGGUGUCGAAAGGGUUUUGGAUUGGGAUUAGAAUUUAGAAGUUAAGUUUAGGAAUUACGGUAAAGGUUUUCAUCACGAAUUGACACCAGCUGUAAUGAUGAAAUACUGUCUAACCAUAUAGAUAAAUGAACUUAGCGCUAGAAUUCGAGACUUGCUAUCGUUAAUAUCAUUGAUUCCCGUUAAUUAUGGUGUUGUAGUCUUUUCUAAUUUUGAAAAGCAGUGAUGUGUUCCUAACUAAAGCAAAGAAAUUAUGCACACUUGCCCCAUCCAAAUUUCUUAAAUAUCUUGCUACACUAAACUCUGAGGAUACUGUAAUAUCCUCUCUGCAUGUCUUUUGAGGAUCCUGAAUUGAUCUAAACUAUCCAAAGUUACUUAUUUUACAACAAGCUAGAUAAAAUUGUGUUGUUUCAGCAUUUACCGUGUAUCUUUAUGGUGUUCAGUUCGUCAUAAGCACUCUGCAUAUUGUUCCCUCGGUAACAAGCACCCUCCCUAUCCCACGUUAUUCAAUUCUAUUUUAUACGUUUUGGCUACGCAAUAGAUGCACUUCCGUUUGGGAUUACCGCUGAGGCAAAACACAUAGAUCAGAUGCUGGAAAAGUGUCUGUUGACGACUUUCGGAAUCCCCGUUUAUUUUACGUAUAUUUAUGGCUACAGGUGGUAAAAAUAAUGAUAACUUUAGUGAAUAUGUAUAUAUGAAGAAUCAACUAGAAUAGUUUUCACAACACCAAGUAGAAAGUAUGCACCAUGUAUUUUCGGAAUCUAGCAAUAUGACAACAGCUUAAACGGACAAGAUGUACGUAGAGAGGUACGUUAUGGUGAAUGAUAAUCAAUGUAACAUAUAUUUUCCGAAGGGAGUUAACAGUUUGAUUCGAACAACAGUUUGGAAACGGCAAGACGAAUUGUACAAACGGGACACUAUGAAAAAUAUUAGCAAUCAUAAAAAUUUCGUAAAAGUCUAAGUUAACCAUCUAUAUAUGCUACCUGAAAUGAAUGGGACGAUUGUUAGAGAUACUAAGGUUUUAUUGAACGUCUUGACUUAUUGAUCUAGAUUCAGUAAAUGACAUUGUUAUAAUGCAGUGGCUUUAAAAUUUGGAUACACUUCACCCUCCAUCAUUUCCAUUCCCUUUUACUGAGCCUUCUACAUAUGCUUAGUAAAUCAAUCAGAUGUUUGUAAUGGUAACGUUAAAUAAUCGUUCUUUGUGCUAGGGUAUCACUUCUGGUUCUCACGAUGAUUUCUCAGUUCAUUCAGUCAGUCACAACGUAGAAAAUGGUACGUAUGUACAUCGGUUUAAUUUGUCAUACCACAUUAGCACAGAGAGAUGAAAUUUUCAGACCAAAUCUCAGAAUAGUAGAGUUAGUAACAUUAUCAUUGGUAAUAGGAAAGAUUAGGCAUCAAAAAUACAACUCAAAAAAGAUAUAAAUUAGUAAAAUAAAAACUGGAAAUUUAGGAAUCCAGGAUCUCAGGGAUUGAGGGAAGGCAAAGAAUCGAUACACCUGUGUCAACUUAUGUCAUUCAAAGUCUCUAAUCAUUGGUUUUGAUAAUCACGCGGACCACAACCGAGCAAUCUCCACCUAUUAACGUGGCUAAAUUUAAUUGUCAGUGGCAUCUUGGACCGAUGCAACGUUUUGGAUUUUCCGCCCCUAGCUGUCUCUGAGCCUACUUCUACACCAGAAAACAUUGUCAGUCGAGGAAGAUAGUGGUUGGUAUACGCAACAUAUGUUCCAACCACUUCAAUUGAUGAAGAUUUACUACCUUCUCAAUUAAUUCCCCAUAUUUAUUUAGUGCUAUGAUUCUGUGGUCCUAGAAUACACGAGCAAUGAUUCGUAUACACCUAUGAUCGAAUACCAGUAGCCUACGAAUAUCUUAUACUCUUAAUGGCAGUUUCAUAUCCAUAAAGUAAAACGGAGUGAACUGCUGCUCAGUAGACUUGCCUUUUGGUUGAAAGACGAAUAUCUCGACUACUCCACAAGUGACGCAAGUUGGCAGGAGCCAAUGGAGCCUUAUAUGUCCGUGCUGAGAUUUCGUCGGAAACCAGACCAUCAGUACUGUGAGGCUCUCCAGAUAAAUGGAGCAGUCAAUCCAUUUAGCUACUUCAUCCUCUAUCACUAAUUCAGGUGGUGACGUAAGCCAAUCUCGAAGUAACAGUUUGCAUUGGGAGGGAGAAAAUCGCAUUCCAAACAUCCUUAGAUUGUUGCUUAAGGUAAUCGGAAGACUGUAUUUUGUCAGUGCAUCCAGCAAACAAUACUAUAUAGUCUGCGUACUCUAAGUCGACAAGUGAAUCUCCCGUUACAAAAUUAACCCCUGAAAAAGUCAGACGAUGGAUGUACUAUCGCUAAAAGCAUGUCUGUGACAAAAUUAAAUAAAAAUUAGGAAAGAGGACAGUCCUGACGAACAUCAUUUGAAGUAACCAAUUCCGAUGACAGUUUGCUAAGCUCUGACUCGACCAGAAAUUUUCAGGUAGUAAGUCUGUACAAGGUUAGUGUACUUCUUUGGUACUCCUUUCAAUGACAGACACUGCCACAGAACCUCACGAUAAACAAAGUUGAAUGUUGCCUUAGGAUCAAGGAAUACAACUGUAAUCGGACGUCGGGGAGCAUGUCUACGUUCCAUAAUUUGCCGGAGGGUGAAUAUUCGGUCUACAUGUCCAGGUCCAUGCCUGAAACCAGUCUGGUUUUCUCGGGUUCGCUCUUCAAGAGCUCUAUUUACAUACCGAAGUAUUGAGGCUAAUAUUUUAGAUGUUAUAUUAGAUAAAUUGAUUGCUCUGUGAUUGUCACAAGAGGAUUUUUAUCGUUUCUUAUGAAUUGAGACGAUCAGUGAUUGAGACCAGUCAGAUGGACUACAUCCAGUUUUUAGAUGUUAGCUAGUAGUUCACUUAUUCUAGCUGCUCGAACUGAGCCACCAUCCUUAAAAUUCUGAGGGAUUAGUUGAUCAGGUCCCACUGUUCUCCUUCUCUUUGGAUUGAUUAUAAUCUCUUCAACUUCACUAAGAGUUGGAGGACUUACAUCAAUUUGCCAUUCAGGUUGCUUAACGCCAGCCAAGACUUCUCAGGGCACCAACCCAAUAAGGCUGAUGAGACUCGCAAGAUAAGUGAAGCGGUCAACGCUUUCUGUGAAGAAUCUAGGUGAUGUAAUCGGUCCCGAAAAAACAUUUUUGAUUUCUGGGGAAAGAAACUCUUUCCGAACAUACUCGUUCAAGAGGCUCCGUCGGACCAAUCCUUUCAUCAAAUAGGACUGUGUCAGCAUACUGUAUGAAACUUUGUUUUCAUAUUCCCUGAUUUUGAUUCGUUCAAUAAUCGAUGUAUAUACUGCCAUGACUAUAUUUUAAGAUGCUGUAAUACAUGUGAGGAAGUUCAAAUGGCGUAUAAUGAAAUGCGAUGGGUAUUUGUAAAUAUUUCUGCAUUUGAACAGUGCCGAAAGGAAAACUGGAACGAGAUUAAACAAAAGAUAGGCAGUGAAGGUUGCAGAAUUCAUGGAAAUUUAACAGUUAAUCGAGUUGGUGGGGCGUUUCAUAUUGCUCCUGGUCAUAGUUACACUGAAAAUCAUGCACACUUUCAUAGCUUUCAAAGUCUCGGUCCUGUUCAGGUGAGUUGAAGUUUAAUUCAGGGUUAUAGCAUUGAAAACAGUUUCGUCCACACUGAGGUUCACUUAUUUUGUUAUCUGUUUUUGUAUUCUUAACAGAAAUAUUUGAUUGAGUAGUCUUCGUACUUGAUACGAUACCUGUCACAAUAAUAUAUUUUGAUAAAAUUAUAUAGUUUUUCAUCUGACGUGCGCCUAAUUCUAGAGGCAUCAUUUAUAUAAAUACUCAAACUACCAUGUGAUAUAUAAUUGAUGAUUUUGGCAUAUCAGUUAUAUUGGUCAAAAUUCAAAUCAUAGAUAAUUAUAUUUACCAAACAUUUUCUGCGCAAGUUAGAUGUAAUUUGAUUCAAUUCUUCUACUUUGCCACACUGAUUUUGAGAUUAAGACUUUAAUUUAUAAGAGCAAGGUCAACUGCAGGAUUUUCACUAGUUAAGGACAACACAAGAUGCAGAUAUGGUAGUUAACAACAAGUUUUUUAUGCUUUUGGAUUUUAAUUUGACAACUGGUCACCAAUUUAUGAGGUAAAUAACCAGACAAUUUGUCUAAAACUUCAUGUAAACAUACUCAUGAAUGCAAAGAAGAUAUAAGAUCUGCAGGUGUUCUCUUCAUUUGAUGUCAGUAGUCAAGAGGAGUGCACGAAGUAGUAGGUUCACAACAGUUACCUUAUGUUAUUGAUUACGUUGAUUUACUACAAACUAUUACUGCUUUUCAUCUAUCCAUUUGUUAAUCGCUUUAGUAUGCUUAUAUGUACUCAAUUCUUGAUAAUGAAUUUAUUUGAUCGUUAGAAUCUGACAGUGGUUACUAUCGCCCUUGUUUGUUUAUCUUGAUUAAGUUACGCCCCCAAAAGAGAAGAUCUUUUUCUUAAUAACACCGGUUUAAAGGCUGCUCUGAAAUAACGCUUAAUUAUGCAAGACAUUUCCUAAAUUAGUCAUCGUUUGAAAAAAAACUGUUCAUUCCCUAUAAUAUUUCUUUACAAAGUGUUUUCAUUAUAAUUAUAAUGCUGUGAUUAUACAACAAUGUUUUAACCUAGUUCAACGUGUCUCAUUCAAUCGGGGAGCUUCGUUUUGGUGACUCAUAUCCUGGUCAAGUUAAUCCACUAGAUGGAACAAAAAUGGCGGUACAAACACAUUCUCAGAUGUUUAUUUACUACUUAAAACUGGUACCGACUAUGUAUACCGGCGUUAACCGAAAUGAAAGCACUGUGAUAACUAAUCAGUACUCGGCUACAUGGCAUUCAAAAGGUACGCCUCUAUCUGGUGAUGGUCAAGGAUUACCUGGUAUAUUUUUCAAUUAUGAAAUAGCCCCUUUACUUGUUAAAAUUACUGAAGAGAAAAAGUCAUUUAUACAUUUCCUAACAAAUACAUGUGCAAUUAUUGGGGGAGUAUUUACAGGUGAGAGUAUAUUGGGCCUAUUUUCUAUGCUAGAGCUUCUUUUUUACAUUACGGUUUACAACAUUGUCGUUAAAAAUUUACUUAGGAUGUUUUGCCAUUAGAAAUAAUAAUGGUACAUCGUUGGUUGAAUGCUGUACUUGGUAGAUUCAGUAAAUAUUCUUAAUAAGUUAUUUUUGAAAUCAUUUCCAUUCUCAAUUUAUGUCAGUUAAAAAAGUAUUUUGAACUAGAAUAAAAAAGUAAUAGACAAAACUAUUCAGUUUUUUCUUAAGAUUUUUGAUAUCACGUGGCUAGAUAAACUUGCGUGGUUGAAAAUGAUGACUGAAUACAUGUGAUAACAAAGUUUAUCAAUGAUGUCACAGACGUUCACUUUCUCUCUGUCUAUGUUUUCCUAUGUGCUGUCAUUCAGUUAGUUUUAAUCAACCUGGAACUUCACCUUAAUAUGCGUUAUCCUAGGUUACCAUACUGCAUUGGCACGACUCGAUGGAAUUAACAUAAACAGAAUUGCAGUAAGAAUAAUUGUUGUAGCGAUGAGCGAGAAAAAUGAAACUCUUAAAACACAGUGAGAUGGAAUGAAAAGAUUACACUUUUGGACAUCGCUCUACAUACUCAUGUCUAAUAACUAGGUAAUAACAUCAGCUCUUAUAACCUAUUGUAUAAUAUACAAGUAUGUGGUAAAUAAUUUGCCUGGGUUUAUUUGCAGGAUUAUAACUUACUCAAUGACUUAUUUUAAUUGCUCAUUGAGAUUAGAAAUUUAAAACACUGGAUCUCGGCUCAGUGCUCGCCGUGUGACUUCAAGUCUCGAGCUUGACUCACAGUGAGGUCGUGGAUGCAUACUGCCAAAACGUCCCUUACUAGCAUUAAACAGCUGUUCAGUGUUUUCUCGUUUUGAAUGGCUGUCUAAGGUCAGUUCGUGAAGAUCAGUGACCUCGAUUAAUCACUUAUAAUGUUUUAAUGUUUUUCUUAUUUCUUAUAGGUUAUAUUACCCCACUGUUAUACUAUGUUAGAUUACAAUUAUUUUCUUAUAUACUUAAUCUAGCCUUUAGAUAAAAGUUACAGACUGUUGAUGAACAGUCACGUAUAUUUACUUUUACUUAAUUAUUGACAGCAUCUCUCGUGUAAGCAUUAAUGACAUUGUUAAGUUAACCGAAUCUUGUUAGAGGAAAGGGUAGUUUAAUUUUUAACUUAUGAGUGUUAGUUUACACGUUACAUGUUCAAUAAAAUUUAGGCAUAUCAUAAGUUAUCACGUGUUAAAUAUAUUUUAAACUUCAUUCAUUUAUAACAAAUAAAGUUUGUUACUUAUCUGCCAAAUAAACAAUCAUAUCAUUUAGUUGUAAACAUCAGUAGCUACUAAUUACAUGGUCUUGUUUGGUGACUUCUGUUUAUCCAAUCUCCAUGUUGUAAUAUCCCGACUGUAGCUGCUACCUUGACGCGAUGGUCGGGCUUGCCUAUCGUGAUAACCCAAAUGAGCUAUAUUGGUUGAAACAUAUGUUCCUGUAGGCUCUACCGUGCCAGGCGGGUCGAUUGGAGAACGGCAAGACUAAAAGCAGAGUAAGUCUCAACGUUGGACCCAAAUAGAUCACAUCGCUAUCAGCCACCGAUGGAUGGGCUCGAUAGAAGACUGUCUCUCAUUCUGGAGCACAUGCCUAGAUUCAGAUCAUGCUCUAGUGCGAGCGCGUACUUGCUUGCGUCUUACUGGACGUAGGAAAGGUGCUGCAAGGAAACCUCUUAGGGUCUUACUUAAUGAAGACCAAGCUGGGAAUAUAUUCCAGGAAAAACUAGAAAAACAGUUAGGCAGCUAUGUAAGUGAUGCCCACCCCGAGGCAGCGUUGAAUGACAUCCGAGAAGCUGUGGAAACAGCAGUGAUAUCUGCUAGUACGGUAAACCAUAAGGUUAGGGAAAAACACUGGAUCUCAGCAGCAUAUACCGCACUGGUAGAUGCUCGAAAACUCAUUCCAUCUGGAUCUGAACAUAACGAAGAGCGGAGUCAGCUUAUGUACAGGCUGAUAAGAAGCCUACGCAAUGAUCGCGAACAGUGGUGGAUAGCGAAAGCAAGAGAGAUGGAACAGGCAGUGGCAAUAAGUAACAGCAGACAACUGUUCAGAGUCGUUAGGGAAACCGGUAUUAGGAACCCGACUGUUAGCGAAACUGUCUCGGUAAAAGAUGGACAUAUUAUGCAUUCUCAGUCGAGGCGAUUGGAUCGAUGGGCAGAACACUUUAGGGAUCAGUUCAACUGGCCUUCAGCCACACUUCAGUUUCCCACGAUCUCUAGUCCACCUGAAUGACAAGUUAAUUUAGGUCCUCCGACAAAUAUAGUGUCUAAAAUAUUAGCUCCAAUAAUACUUCGACGCCUAGCCAAAGCUCGUGAAGAACAGACUAGAGAAAAUCAAGUUGGUUUUCGACCCGGACGUGGUUGUAUAGACCAAAUAUUCACACUACGUCAGGUUCUAGAACACAGACACACGUUCAGACGCCCCACAAUCGUAGUAUUUCUCGACCUUAAGACAGCAUUUGACUCUGUUGAUCGUGAGGUUCUAUGGCAGUGUUUGUCACUGGAAGGAGUACCAAAGAAGUACAUUAACCUUGUAAAGGCUCUCUACUCGAACACAACUGGUCGAGUGAGAGCUUCUGGCGAACUGUCAUCAGAAUUGAUUACCUCAAGUGGUGUUCGUCAGGGCUGUCCACUCUCCCCAUUCUUAUUUAGCUUUUUCGUUGACGUGCUUUUAGAGAUAACACUCUCCUCAUCUAAAUUUCCAAGGGUUGAACUUCUACCAGGAGGUUCACUUGUUGACUUGGAAUAUGCAGAUGACAUAGUUUUAUUUGGUGAAGACGCUGACAAAAUGCAGAGUCUUCUGACCACUCUAAGCAACAAUGCAAGCACGUUCGGCAUGCGAUUCUCUCCCUCGAAAUUCAAAAUGUUUCUUCAGGAUUGGGUUACGUCGACACCCGAACUAGUGAUAGGGAGUGAAGUAGUUGAGCGUGUCGACCGCUUCACUUAUCUUGGAAGUCUCAUCAGCCCUUGUGGUCUGGUGUGUGACGAAAUCUCAGCACGGAUACAGAAGGCUCGACUAGCUUUUGCCAACUUGCGUCAUCUAUGGCGAAGGCGUGAUAUCCGUCUAUCAAACAAAGGACGUGUUUACUGUGCAGCAGUUCGUUCCGUCCUACUUUAUGGCAGUGAAACAUGGCCGGUAAGAGUAGAGGAUAUUCGUAGGUUACUAGUAUUCGAUCAUAGGUGUCUUCGAAACAUUGCUCAUAUAUCCUGGGACCACCGAGUAAGUAACACAGUUGUUAGGAAACGGGUUCAAGGUAAUUAUGGUAAAUCAAUCGAUGAUGUAGUAAAACUUCAUCAGUUGAGAUGGCUGGGACACAUGUUACGUAUGGCCAACAACCGACUGCCUUGACGAGCGAUGUCCAAUGGUAUAGGAGUAGAUUGGAAGAAAGAUAGGAGCGGCCAGACCAAAACAUGGCACAAGUCCAUGAAGUCACUGACAAGUGGACUGAGCCAUGUUGGUAGGUGUAGACUACCUGGUUGGGGGCCGCGAGAUGAUAGCAACCGAUGGUUAAAGAGCCUGAAUAAAAUGGCUCAAAAUCGUUGGCAAUGUCGAAGUGCAUCCACUCUUUGUGUUCUCCCAAAUUCUAAUCUUCUGAAUUCUUCAUAUCCCUUUUUUGUCUUUCCAAGUUUAUUUCGCUGUAUUAUACUCCUUAAAUAACAUCUUCAAACCCUAAUCUUUCCGAUUACCGCUUAUACUUUUACUACCUCUACCACUACGGAAUUUGAAUCGACAACUGCAUCUCUGUGCUAAUGUGGUAUGGCAACUGGAACUGAUGUACGUACUUACGAUGUUCUACGUUGUUACUGACUGACUGAUGAUGUAAUAUGGUUAUGUUUACUCAAUUCAUAGAUGACUGAACGAACUUCUGAUCAUUUUUUGUAAUUAUUUCAUUUAAUCAGUACACUGAUAUUUUUGUUUUAAUUGAUUUUAGUGGCGAGUCUUCUGGAUGCAUUCAUUUAUCACUCUACAUGUAUAUUACGUAACCGUCAUCAUAGAAAUUAACAUUAUUAAAUGUACAAUUAUUUUGUAAUUUAUUUGUUCUCUACUUCCUUUCUUAUGUUUAUUCGUCCUUCGUUCUAUUUUCUAACAUUCUAAUUUGUGUUGAAGAAACUGGUUUGGUGUAAACAUUGCGCGAUUCCUCAUGUCUUUCGACCCCCACUAUUUGCUAUUUUUUCUUUAUGUGUAUACAUCGGUAUCAAUAUACUGUAUGUAAAUUCUUUUUGAAAAUCCAUUUAUUAUGAGCCUAGCAUUCUUUUUUGUGAUAAUUGGUUUCGUAAAAUGUACAAAUAGAGUUAUAGCAACGAACAUACAAUACGUGUUUAUGUAUUACUGCUUCACUCAGAUGACAUCAUCAUUCUCUAGCUUAAUGGCAGACACCGUAAAUAUGACAACUGAUGUAAGUAAAUGAUUUAAUUAUUAUUCGCUAUUCUAAGUAGAUGAUAAGCAACUGUCUCUGUUUACGCUCUGACCUCAAUCAAAGUAACAAUAUUACUAGGGAGUCUUCUCCUUUCUUAUGUAAUUAUGUUAGCUAAUAAAGCGUAACCAAUAAGGUCAUUCGUAUGGUAUGCUACUUACUGAUCUGAAGUAAAAGCUAGCAAAAGUUGGAGGAUCCUAAUAGCCAGAUAGGGACUCAUUUUUUUACUUGCCACCUACCUACUCUGACUAAAUCCUAGCACCAUGAUGGAAAUGUGUCCUAGCCAAGGAUUUAUCUAAAUAUAACAGGCAAUGUAAGGUUACAAAUAAUUCACCUACGAUAAUUCGUAGUUCUCAAUGUAUUGUUUUGUAUCUUUAUUACAAUAUACUAUCUUCAAUACCAUGACUGAAGUAGUAAAUAUCGAUAAUAAAGGGGUAGCGAUGAGGGUAUUUUAUAUCCUAGCUUUUUGUAUUAAUGUAUUUCCAACAAAUAUUUUAGGAUCCAAAAGGGUCAAACGAUUAUUGUUGUAAAAUUGUUUCCCUCGCUUGUUCGGAAACGGGUCUUUAUAAGUUGUGAUAAACUUUCAUUAGUGGAUAAAAUUCCAAAUAAUAAUUUGACGAGUCAUUCACACUCAACUACUGAUUAAGUACCAUAAAGUGAAUAAGUUAAUGAUGUGCGCUCCUAUUACUUCGAUCGAUUUUAUUACGAAAUUGAGGUGUGGAAAGGUAACAGGUUCUAUCUAAUUGUUAAGAAAUAUUGUCAUCGGUAUUAGUGCAGAAUUACUAGUUAAAUAGACUUUGGCUGAGGUAAAGUUCGGUGCCCCAAAAUGCCCUGGUAUGGGCGAGAGUGGGGUGGGUUCGCCCUCUCUCUCGAAAUACUCUCACACGGCCACGCGUAUACAGCCUCUGCCAGGGAAGUCCUACUCACUGCCUUCUCGUGGCGGGGGAGUUGUUUACGAAAAUGAGAGGACGAAAAGCGAAUGUCCGGCGCUUUAACCGGAUUCCAAAUCAAUGGUGCACAUGGGCUCCAGUAUCCUGCGGGAACAAAUGGCGUAUGAACCAAUUUUCGGUCACCGGCUGCCAGGGGACUGCAUCUCCUCACGAUGCUCCACUGCCUUGUGGGUUAGACCUUUAGGUCGAAGGAUCGGGGUGUGGCCCCUAAGAAAACCACCUGCUUCGGUUUGGGCACCCGGGCAGUAUCUCAGCCCGCACACAAAAACAUGAUAAACUAUCUACUUAUGAAAAAUAUUACUCUCGCUCCAAAUAACAAUCAAGUGACUCGCAAUAUUAUUAUUAUUAUUAUUAUUAUUAUUAUUAUUAUUAUUAUUAUUAUUAUUUACUACGUCUUUAUUCACCCUCUUUUAUUCCCACUCUAUUGAUACUUUUUUCGACUUAUACAGCAGCUCGUCUAUGGUGGAAAUUCGACUGCAUCUAAACGUUCUCGAGUCACCGUCCGGUUGAAAAUUGUAUGUUACCACCGAAUAUGAGUACUGAAGCAGUUUUUCUGAAACCACGUGCACCAUUCAAACUGGCUGCCUUCAACGUUCGCACAUUUAUGCAGGUCGGACAACAGAUAGGGCUGGCUAUGUCUUUGGAAAGUCUUAAUAUUGAUGUUUGUUGUCUAUCCGAGACCCGUAUUCAAGACUCUGACGAAGUACUACAAAUUCGAUCUCCAUCUGUCGCUUCGAAAAGCUUGUUUUACGUGAGUUUAUCCGGGGACCCUGUGGCAUCUUCGCCUGGUCUUGCUGGUGUUGGUGUCGCAUUGAGCGCUAGAGCUGAGGCAGCACUAAUCGAUUGGAUCCCCAUUAAC